UUUUUGUUUGUUUUUGUAUUUUAUGUAUAUUUGCUAUUGUUGAUUUCUGUUAUAGACGCCCUCUUCACCAAUUUCAUCCACAUGCUGCAGUACUCUGUCUUUAAGAUGUUCGUUUAACCUCAAUUUCUGCGGAAUCAAAAUAUAGAUUUUCGGCGUUCGAAACCGACACACAAAAAUGCAUUCGAACAAUGAUUUUUCAAAAUUUCCGAGGUGCCUUCGUCCCAACAUGCAAGAACUGUGUACCAGCAAUAAAUUAGGAUUGAGUGUAAACGACAUUAAACUAAUUCCCAACAAACAUGGAGAUUCGUAUCACUACGUGAUAAAAAUACCGUACGCAGGCAAAAAAUUAACGUGGGAGAUAAUGUUCAAUCCAGGAGACUUUGAAUUUGCCCCCGACUUUUAUUUCAAUGAGGAAGAAUUUAUGAACGAUCCUGAAAUAGAGGAUGUACUUGAGAACAUUCCAGCUCUUACCAGCUACGACCUGAACAAUUGCAAAUCCAUCACUGAACUUCUGACACAAUUCCUUCAUUCAUACAAAAAAUUCCAUAUUGAGAAGUUAAGGACUGAGGUUAAACAUGAGAAAGUUAGAGAGGCAUUUGAUAGUCUGUUGAAAGAGGAUAAUGUUUCAGUUGAUGAUGUUGAACUCUAUGUGGACACAAAUGUUGCCCAUUUGCUCAUUAAACUAAAUUUUGAUUUUGGACUCCUUGAUCAUUAUAUUCAAACUGAUCUGAAUAACUUGGUCGAUCCAGGACCAUGUUUCGUUCAUUUGCGACUGACAUAUACAUGCAGUGGUAACAAGGUGUCGCCCUUUUUGGAGAUUUCCGCCAAAGUAGAACAGUGCCUUGGAUGUUCAAAAUUCAAAAUUCCUCCAUGGAAACCAGAAUUCACAGCACUAGAAUACAUAGACAUGUUAAAAAUUGCCAUAAAUGAACGCAUUGCAAUGAAACGUGAGGCCGCACAAAAGAGGAAGAUGUUCAUAUGCCAACUGAUAAGUGACCACAAUAAAGAUAUAAUAGAAUAUGAUUUGAUCAAUUUGAUGUACUGCUGUAUUGCUUAUAACGUUGAGGAUCGAAAAUACGCGGUGAAAAUCACUUUAGAUUCGGAUUUUCCGCAAAAGAGACCUCAUUUACUUGUAAUUUUUACCUGCAGCAUGGACUGUAAAAUGGUGAUCCGUAAUUUUCAGUGGAAUCCGAGUGGUGAUGUCGAUAAAAUGUUGGAAAAUUUGUACGCAUGUCUUGAUGAAGAAUUACCCAAAGCUUACAAAUCUCACAAACAUUAAUGUUGUUUUUGUUAAAUAAAUUUGAAUUUUAAAUCCUGACCUGAUAGUCAUUAACAAGAGACUAUCCCAGUUCUGAAAUUGGACUGGUUGAAAUAGUCAGAGAAUUAGACUGCUGAUUAGGUUUUGUACUUAUUUAAUAUUAAAGGAAAAUGUAUAUUUUUCUCCAUGUUUAUACGUUUUGUAUUAUUGAAAUAAAAGUUUUUGAUUA